AUGUAAAUUUUUCCAAAUUAUUAUUAAUGGAAUGAGGUAUGUCUAAAUAUAUAAUUAGAGACGAUUAGAUCGUUGUUUAGAAUUUAUUUAAGAAAUAACAAAUAAUGAAUUCAUGCCUUAAUUUUUUAAGAAUUCUGUUUGUAGAAUUGAUUAAUUAUCUGAUUAUUUAUCAUAAUAUCAAAUCUAAACUUAAACCUAUGAAUUGAAAGAUUUGAUAGGUCGAUUAGGUGGAUAUGAGGAUAAAUUGAUGUUUUCAAAAUUUAAAGAGAGAUAUUUUGGUUAGUCAGGUAUUUCUUAGAGUAAAGAAGCCGAAAUAACAUUAUUAAGAUUAUUGUAUGAGGAAAUAAUAUUAGAAAGAUAAUUAGAUGAAUAAAGAUAAAAAGUAAUUAAGAGAUGGGAUUAUAAUUGUUAAAUACUAUUUAAAAAGUUAUCAUUUCGAACAAAUUUAGUUGACUAAAUAAAACUAAAGAAAUUUUUUAUAAGAAUAAGAUAAACAGUAGCUGAUGAAGAAAUUGAAUUAUUAUUAAAAAGAAUAGGUAGAGGAGAUGGAAAUAUUAUGACAUUUGAAGAUUUUAGUUAAGCUAUAAAAACAUAAAGAUAAAGAUCAGUAAAUAAAAUAGAGAUUUCUUAGAUGAAAAUAAGUUCAGUGAUAAAAAGAGAGCAAUAGUAUCAUAGUUAUAUGGAGAAAUUGAGAAGAAGAUAUAAACCACUUUAAACAUAAUAAUCAAUAGUAAUUCAUAAAAUUGAGAAUAGAGAAUUUCAUACACCUAGAGCUAAGACUCCAAUAACAAUAACUAAAACAACAACUGAAACAAAAUAGAUUAGAAUAAGCACUCCAAAUUAAAAUACAGAACCUAGAUCAUAUAUUAAUGAAUCAAAAGAACUUAAUACUUUGAUGUCAAUCUAUUUAAAUUAAUAAAGAUGUUUGUAAAAUGUAUUGGCAAAAUUUGAAGAAGUAGUUAUAUUAAAAUCUAUAAUUUCAAAAGAUUGGCAUUCAGAAUGGUCUGAUUUGGGAGUUGAUUCUAGAAAUAUUUCAUAAGAACUUUUUUAAAAUAUUCUCAAUUAUUAUGAUGAAAGAAAACAAUUAUAAUAAUAAAAGAUUAAUAUAUUAGAUUUAUAAAGUUCAGUUUAGACUGUUGCUAAUAAUUUGUUUAGUUUAUUAAGAGAAUAAGAAAUGUAAUUAUAAUAAGCAAGAUUACAAUUUUUAAGGGAAGGAUCCUUAACAUCUUUAGAUAGGUAUUUUCAUAAAGGAUAUAUGGAUGUACUUGAUGUACUUUAGAUUUUAGAAAACUCAACCACUAGAAAUGUGACUUUAUGUGAUGCAGAGUUGAUGAUUUCUAAGUUUAAUAAAUUUGAUGGCAAAAAGACUAUUACUAGAAAAGCUUUAUUGAAUGAAUUAACAUGA